AUGGUUAAGCAAGAUGAUUUCGGAGUCGAGCAAUUCAUGGAUAAAUAUGAAACCAACAUAACUAAUAACAUGGGAGAGACAUGUUCUGAAUCAAUCAGUAUAAGCCAAUUAAUCGAUUUGAUAUAUGAUAACAAUGAUGCUGUGGAUGUAACUCAUAAAGAUGCACAACGAACCAAAAUCAUUGAUGCAGUGCUUAAUUCCAAGCUAACUUAUGGCCAUAUUCGGGGAUCUCCUGAAUUAAAAUCAGCUAUCAGUGUGUUGUAUAAUCAAGAUUCGCCACUUGUUCCAAUCACUGAAGAAAAUAUUGUCAUUACCAAUGGUGCCAUUGGAGGUAACUUCUUAACAUUUUAUUCAAUCGUUAAUCCAAAUGAUAAGAUCAUCGUUGUUAGUCCAACCUACCAACAGUUGUCUAGUGUUCCAGGAGUAUUCUCACAAAGUCAAGACAAUAUCAUUCCAUUCAAAUUAGACUUUGAUCAAGGGUUUUUACCUGAUUUAGAUUUGCUUCAGCAGCUAAUCAAGAAGCAUUUUCCCAAAUUACUUGUUAUAAACAAUCCAAACAACCCAACUGGUGUGGUUUGGAAAGAUGAAAUUAUUAGGGAAAUUGUCUCCAUCUGUCAAGAAAAAGAUAUCUGGAUUAUGUGUGACGAAGUUUAUCGUCCACUUUAUCAUUCAAUUGAAGAGAAAGAUAAACCAAAAUCAAUUGUAAACUAUGGUUAUAAUAAAACUAUUUCAACUGGAUCUGCAUCAAAGGCGUUUUCAUUAGCAGGAUUAAGAAUUGGAUGGAUUGUAACUAGAAAUAAUGCAUUAAUUAAUGAUCUAUUUUCAAAACGUGAUUAUAAUACAAUUUCAAUUUCGAUGAUUGAUGAUAUUUUAGCAACGUUUGCAUUACAAAACUAUAAAAUUAUUUUGAGGAGAAACUUUGAACUUUGUUUAAAUAAUUUGGAGGAGCUAGAAAAAUUUAUUAUUAAUUCGGAUGGAUUGUUUAGUUGGGUCAAACCAAAUGGAGGUACAACAUGUUUUAUCAAGAUCAACAUUAAAAAUGUUGAUACGUUCAAAUUAUGCAGCGAUUUGGCCGAACACGGUACAUUGUGUGUUCCCGGAGAGGUGUUUGAUAACAAUCAAGGCUUUGUUCGAAUUGGCUUUGGGAAUUCUGGUACCGAUAUAGUUAAUGGAAUCCUGCAAUUAGAUAAAUGGGUUAGAAAGUUACCGACUCAAGAACCAAAUUAG